AGGAGCUAUUAAGCGAGGAACGCUCGUAAAAACGCGGUCAAAUUCAUAUUUUCAGAUAUGCGAAUUAAAUUAAUAAUUCGGACCGGCGAAGCGUCACCUGCUCUGCGAAGUUGUAGGUGUAGGUCAGUGAUCGGUGCGAGUAUAAAACGAUCUGUCGCCGAACUUAGAGAUCAGUAAUCACCAGCAACUGCAGCAAAAACAGCACCAAAAUGUUCAAGAGCGCGCUAAUCAUUUCCCUGUUCCUGGUUGCCAUCGCCGCCGCCCGAGCUGCAGAUGAAUCACAGGCCGAGAUCACCCAGUAUCGGAAUGAGAUCAAGCCGGAUGGCACCUACAACUGGGAGUUCGGGACCUCCAAUGGAAUCGACGCCAGGGAGAGUGGAGUGGGUGGAGUUCAGGCGACUGGAUCGGUGAAAUACAGUGCUCCCGACGGAACACCCAUCCAGCUGGAGUAUACCGCCGACGAGAACGGAUAUCGGCCCACCGGCGCCCAUCUGCCCACGCCACCACCCAUUCCGGAUUACAUCCUCAAGGCUCUGGCCUACAUCGAGGCCCAUCCCUUCAAGCGAAUCCAGCUGAAGAAGUAGCCUAUGUAUAUUCAUAAGAUUUAGAUUUAGUAUAGCAAAAUUUUUUAUACAAAAUAAACUACCAUUAAGUAAACAAUUUAA